UGGAAAGACCCGCCCCGCGGUGCUGUCGCUCGCGCUGGAAGAAGCGGAAGAAGAUGGCGCUCACCAGCUUUUUACCUGCACCUACUCAGCUAUCUCAGGACCAGCUUGAGGCUGAAGAAAAGGCAAGAUCCCAAAGAUCGCGGCAGACCUCAUUGGUCUCCUCCCGAAGAGAGCCUCCCCCGUACGGAUACCGGAAAGGCUGGAUACCUCGGUUAUUAGAGGAUUUUGGAGAUGGAGGUGCUUUCCCAGAGAUCCAUGUGGCCCAGUAUCCACUGGAUAUGGGACGAAAGAAAAAAAUGUCGAAUGCACUGGCCAUUCAGGUGGAUUCUGAAGGAAAAAUUAAAUAUGAUGCAAUCGCUCGACAAGGACAGUCAAAAGACAAGGUCAUUUAUAGCAAAUACACUGACCUGGUUCCAAAGGAGGUUAUGAAUGCAGAUGAUCCAGACCUGCAAAGGCCCGAUGAAGAAGCUAUUAAAGAGAUAACAGAAAAGACAAGAGUAGCCUUAGAAAAAUCUGUAUCACAGAAGGUCGCCGCAGCCAUGCCAGUUCGGGCAGCUGACAAACUGGCUCCUGCUCAGUAUAUCCGAUAUACACCAUCUCAGCAAGGAGUGGCAUUCAACUCUGGAGCUAAACAGAGGGUUAUUCGGAUGGUAGAAAUGCAGAAAGAUCCAAUGGAGCCUCCAAGGUUCAAGAUUAAUAAGAAAAUUCCCCGGGGACCACCUUCUCCUCCUGCACCUGUCAUGCAUUCUCCUAGCCGAAAGAUGACUGUAAAGGAACAACAAGAGUGGAAGAUUCCUCCUUGUAUUUCUAACUGGAAAAAUGCAAAGGGUUAUACAAUUCCGUUAGACAAACGUCUGGCUGCUGAUGGAAGAGGACUACAGACAGUACACAUAAAUGAAAAUUUCGCCAAACUGGCAGAAGCCCUCUACAUUGCUGAUCGGAAGGCUCGCGAAGCUGUGGAAAUGCGUGCCCAAGUAGAGAGAAAAAUGGCUCAGAAAGAGAAGGAAAAACACGAAGAGAAACUUAGAGAAAUGGCUCAGAAAGCCAGGGAGAGAAGAGCCGGGAUCAAAACUCACGUGGAAAAAGAGGAUGGGGAGGCACGUGAGAGGGAUGAAAUCCGGCAUGACAGGCGAAAAGAGAGACAGCAUGACCGGAAUCUUUCCAGGGCAGCUCCUGAUAAGAGGUCGAAACUUCAGAGAAAUGAAAAUCGGGAUAUCAGUGAAGUCAUUGCUCUCGGUGUUCCUAAUCCUCGGACUUCCAAUGAAGUUCAGUACGACCAAAGGCUCUUCAACCAAUCCAAGGGUAUGGACAGUGGAUUUGCAGGUGGAGAAGAUGAAAUUUAUAAUGUUUAUGAUCAAGCCUGGAGAGGUGGUAAAGAUAUGGCCCAGAGUAUUUAUAGGCCCAGUAAAAAUCUGGACAAGGACAUGUAUGGUGAUGAUCUAGAAGCCAGAAUAAAGACCAACAGGUACCAUUCCAUACAACUCAAUUUCAGUGUUUACACUGGUGAAAACAAAGUAGUUCAUAGUCUUUUCUCUUUUUCCCUAGAUUUGUUCCCGACAAGGAGUUUUCUGGUUCAGACCGUAGACAGAGAGGCCGAGAAGGACCAGUUCAGUUUGAGGAAGAUCCUUUUGGUUUGGACAAGUUUUUGGAAGAAGCCAAACAGCAUGGUGGCUCUAAAAGACCCUCAGAUAGCAGCCGCCCCAAGGAACAUGAGCAUGAAGGCAAGAAGAGGAGGAAGGAGUAGACACAGGUCUUUUCAUAGUGAAUGAACUAUUACCCAUUACCCUAAUGAUGCAAGUCAUAUGGGGGAACACUUUGUAAAUGGUCAGGAUAAAAAAACAAAUCUGGGUGCCGGAUCCCAGCACUACUUUUUAUUACCAGAGAAUGGGGGGUGGAUAGAAAAUUCUACUUUGAAUUAUUUAGUUUUUUUAAAGAGUGGGUUGUGUUUGUGCUUCUCCUACCUUUCAGCAUUUAUAGAACAUGCUGCCCCACAUACAAAGUCAAGACCACUUCCUUUUGUGUGACACUAGUAGUUUGGGGUUAAUAUUUUGUGUAAGAACAGCUGCAUAUGAGUAAAGUUAACCCAACCACAGUGAGGAGGAUGUUCACAUACUGGAACUGUCCUGCCAAAUAAAUUUUGCCCCUGUUAUGCUCUGUUUUAAUUUGGAGUGGGCAAAGUAACCUCUUGCUUGGUGCAACUAUUUGUUUCAAAUAAAAACAUUUAGACAAAA